UCGAACACCAACCACCACCGUGACCGUGACUGCUCCGGCGAUCUCUCCGGCGAACGAGCGAGCGAGCGAGCGAUCUAGUGGGCAGAGAUGAGUUCCGCGGGCGGCGGCGGGAGGGGGAAGUCGAAGGGGACCAAGUCGGUGUCGCGGUCGUCCAAGGCCGGGCUGCAGUUCCCCGUCGGCCGCAUCGCCAGGUACCUCAAGGCCGGCAAGUACGCCGAGAGGGUCGGCGCCGGCGCCCCCGUCUACCUCUCCGCCGUUCUCGAGUACCUCGCCGCCGAGGUGCUGGAGCUGGCGGGGAACGCGGCGAGGGACAACAAGAAGAACCGGAUCGUGCCGCGGCACAUCCAGCUGGCGGUGCGCAACGACGAGGAGCUGAGCCGGCUGCUCGGCGCCGUCACCAUCGCCGCCGGCGGCGUGCUGCCCAACAUCCACCAGACGCUGCUGCCCAAGAAGUCCGGCAAGGACAAGGCCGACAUCGGGUCCGCCUCCCAGGAGUUCUAGGGUUCAUCUUUGUCGAUUCGGAUCAAGAACCCCUUGGCCUGUUCUUCGAUCCGAUGAUUCCUCCAUCUAGUAAUAUCCUUUUUAGUUGAUUAGGUUAGGUUUUGGUGGAUGGUUGGUGUCAUGGAUUUGCCACUGAGAAAUCUUGUUGGAAUGAAAUACAUGAAUGCUUGUCUCUACUCCCUGAGCCAUCUUCCCUUGUAUUGUGAUUUAUCUGAAACUCUGGUUGCUGUUGAUAUUGCAAUUGUGCAUUGUGAAUA